CAUUAACGAAUAACAUAAAUAUAAUCUAAAUCACUUUUAUGAAUAAGGCGCAAGUGAAUCAUGAUGGUGAUCAACAGGUUGAAGAGAGAGCAAUGUGAUCAUACCAAACACGAUUCUAGCUUCUCCGAUUGGAAGAUUCUGAUUGGUCCUUCAGAUUGGGAAGACCAUUCCAAAGGAAAGGAAGGAUGUAGUAGAUACAGAAUUCCCAACCUGCCACAAACAUUUGGUCCAGGAGUUUAUGAGCUUGGAAUAGUUGUGUCAAGAAAUUAUUUGGGGCGUGAAAUUUACAAGUUUGCCACUGACCCUUGUAAAGUUGUUGUGGUUUAUCUAGGAAAAGCUGAAAAUGUUAGUGCAAGAUUGCAGUGUUAUGGCAGAAAUGGAGCUCAUUUGAGUAAUGCUUCCUCUUCAAUUGAAUCUUCUAGUUCUACCCUAAUGAGACACUCAUUGUUUCAUCAUAUAUUUUCUAAAGGCUACCCCAUUGUUUAUAGAUGGGCUCCUAUGGAGAACAAUAGUGAUGCUCUAAAAACAGAAGCUAAACUUCUCGAUACAUUUGAUUACGGAUGGAACACAAUUAAUAAUGGUAGACGACGACCUUAUGAUAUUCUUCAAAUGCUUGACAAGAUUGCUUCAACCACUGUAACAUUUUCAUAUGUGGCCAAAUCACUUAUACCCUUCAUUCAAAACAAAGUGGGGAUACCAAUUAAAUCAAACAAGUUUCCUAAGACAUAUGACAAAUCAGAUGAAGUGGACAAUUAUGGGAGCUAUAGAUUCCUAUCUAAGAUCUUCAAAUUCAACCGAUCACAUCCUAUGAUAAUUCAAAAUUCCACUAGUGGUGCCAUUGAGAAGUAUGGUAAAAUUUGUGGAGUGAUAUUAAAUGAUGGUUCUAUUUGUACAAGACCACCUAUUGAAAAAAGAGUGAGGUGUUUUGAACACAAAGGAAUGAGAAUAAAUGUGUUCAAUGCUAAAGCUAUUGGAGCACCAAAGUUAGAAUUAGAAAUUAUUGAUGAAAGUAUCACAAAAACAAUUAUAUGUGGAAUCAUCUUGGAUGAUAGUUCCACUUGUAGCAAACAACCAGUUAAAGGAAGACAAAGAUGUCAUGAACACAAAGGAAUGAGAACAAAUGUGUCUAAUGCUAAAGCUAUAAGAGCACCAAAGUUAGAAUCAGAAAUUAUUGAUGAUAGCAUCUCAAAAACUAUUAUAUGUGGAAUCAUCUUGAAUGAUGGUUCCACAUGUAGAAAAUAAUCAAUUAAAGGAAGAAAAAAAUAUCAUAAACACAAGAAUGAGAAUAAAUAUAUCAAUGCUAAAGCUAUUGGAGCACUAAAGUUUGAAUAGGAAAUUAUUGAUGAGAGUAUCACAAAAACUAUUAUAUAUAGAAUUAUAAUAGGUGAUGGUUUCAUUAGAAAACAAACAGUUAAAGAAAGAAAAAAAUGUCAUGAACACAAAUAGAAGAAUUUAUGCAAUUGUUCGUCCAAAAUAGAAAUAAAUGACAAUUUAGAAUC